AAUAUGAAGCUUCAACUGCUGCUACUAUCGGUUAAUAUAAUUAAUUUUUGCUUGGCUGAGCGCCAGAGGUUCGAUCACUAUAAAGUUUAUAGGGUGAACCCAACGAACGCGAAUCAAUUGGCGGGUCUGCAAUAUUUGGAUGGCAAUAGCAAGGAUGCUCUGGUUUUGAACAAUGUCCACAUGGGUCCCACUGAUUUUUUUGUGGCUCCCAGCUACCUUAAUACCUUUCUGAAUAUUCUCAAAGGAUUGGAUCUCACACCAGAACUCAUCGACAAUAAUGCCCAGACCAGCUUAUCCCUGGAUAUAGAACCCGUGGCGGAUGCAAAUCGGCGGAGUGAUGAUUACUUGUGGUCGGAAUACCACGAACUUAAUGACACUCAUCAUUGGAUGCAGAAUCUGGUGGCCAAGUAUCCGGGUAUCGUUAGCAUGUUUGUAGUGGGUCGAAGCUUUGAGGGUCGAGAAUUGUUGGGAUUGAGAAUCAAUCACAUCAAUCUCAGACUGGGAAAGCAAUCCAUCUUCUUGGAGGCUGGAAUGCACGCCAGGGAAUGGAUUAGUCCUGCCACAGCUACCUAUUUUAUCAACGAACUACUGACCUCCAAACAACCGGAGAUCAUGAGUCUGGCUAGAUCUUAUGUGUGGUACAUACUGCCUCAUGCGAACCCAGAUGGAUAUGUCCACACCCACAAAACAAAUCGCAUGUGGCGUAAAACCCGCAGUCGGUUGGGUAACAAUUGCAUUGGAACGGAUCCAAAUCGGAACUGGGACUUCCAUUGGCGCGAAGUUGGAGCUAGUUCUGAUCCCUGCUCGGAAUCAUAUGCUGGACCAAGGGCAUUUUCGGAACCGGAAGUGGAAGCCCUUGCUCAGUACCUCAGAAAACUGCCGGAACCAAUGUUCAUGUACCUCUCACUGCACUCCUUCUCCCAGUUGUUACUGUAUCCCUAUGGACACACCUCCCAACUGCCGGAAAAUCAUAGGAAUCUGAGGAAGGUUUUCAAUGCAGCCGUGAGAGCAAUUGAGAAGCGUUACGGAACUCGAUAUACAGGUGGAAAUGUCUACGAUGCCAUUUACCCUGCAGCGGGUUCCAGUACUGAUUGGGUUUACGGGGUGCUCAAUGUCAAAUACUCCUAUUGCUACGAACUACGUCCUUCGGGAUACAGUUUUUGGACUGGUUUCAGACUUCCCGCCUCGCAAAUUAUUCCCACUGGUAAGGAGACCACUGACGCCUUGGUGGAAAUGAUCAAAGCUGCUGCUCAAAUUGAGGGUUACAAAAUUCAUUAAAAAGGAGAGACCUUUUCUCUUAAAACUAUUAAACAUUUUUC